AUGGAUAAUAGUAUCGGAUCUAAUACCAGUAGUUUAGCUGAUAAUACAAUUGGUAGUAAUUCUUUUACCAAAGAUUUUUCAGAUUUGAUGGCAGAAUUAAAAGGGGGGAAUCGUAAUAGUAGUAAAUUAUCUGGUAGUUCUAGUUUAAUAUUAGGUGAUGAAGAAGUAAUGGAUAAAAUAUUUGAAGAUUCUGAUGAAAGUAUUUCAAACGAACUUACUGAAGAUGUUCGCAGUGUUGCUUCAAGUCGUAGUAGUGAUUUUAAUAAUAAUAAUGACGAUUAUAAUGAUUUAGAUGAAGAAAGAAAUCAAAUAAUAGAAAUUGAUGAUGAAAAUAAAAAUUCUAUUGAUGACUCUGAAGAUAUUGCAAUGGAAAGUGAAUCGGAUACAGGGAUUACAAAUUCUAUGGAAAAUAAUUUAGAUUUAAAUUCAAAAAAGGAGAAAAGAAAAAUGGUACCUGUAGAUAUUGUUUGGGAACAAGGUGGAGAUAAAGUAUAUGUAACUGGUUCCUUCACAGGUUGGACUAAAAUGAUUGGGUUAUUACCAAUACCUAAUAAAAAUGGAAUAUUGCAUAUUAGAUUACGACUUCCACCUGGUGUACAUAGAUUUCGGUUUGUUGUAGAUAACGAGCUUCGUUACAGUGAUUUUCUACCAACUGCGACAGAUCAAAUGGGAAAUUUUGUUAAUUAUUUAGAAGUUAGACCCACAGAUAGUACCGAAUUUACUUCUCAUUUGGAUGAUGAUGAUGAUGAUGAUGAUGAUACUGAAGAAAUUAAAGAACAAGAUGAUGUAUCUGAUUUUAAAAUUAAAAAAAUGAGUCGACAAUCAAGAAUUGCAUUGAAGAUUAAAAAUGAACCAGAUAAUGUUGGGGAUGGAUUUACAAGAUUUUAUGAUGAAGAAUUAAAAGAACCUGAACUUGAAUAUACAAAUAAAUUACCAUCAAUAUUUACAGAUCCAAGAAUUAUGGAAAAAUAUUAUACCAAAUUAGAUUAUGAAAGAACAAAGAAUAGAUCUGGCGGUAUGUUACCUGCUCAAUUACCACCUCAUUUAGAAUAUGCAAUUUUAAAUGAUUUCCCAAAUAUUGCUUCCACUACAAACGAAAUUGCUCACGGGGGCUCAUUACAUACUUCUAACCAUGUUGUGUUGAAUCAUUUGUUAACAAGUAGCAUUAAACAUGGUACUUUGGGUUUAGCAACAGCAGUUCGUUACAAAGACAAAUAUAUCACACAAGUCUAUUAUUCACCUAUAAAAAAAUAA